GGUAUGCCGACGGACAUCAUGGCGUCGUCGGCCUCGGCCUCGGCCACGGUCUCGGAAGAGACGAGCAGAGGUCGGGACUCGAGCCUUGGACCAUCGCCAAGGUCAGCUCCCUCUUCAGGUGCGUCAUCCUCAGGAUCCGCGGCUCAAUCGACCUCCAGAGGUUUCGACCCGUCUAGCGCCCUGGCUGCUUAUCACCACCAUCGACACGGCCUGGUAGCUGGUUUGGGUCACCCUCACCACCGUGAAUCCUCGGCGUUCGUGCCCGUCGUGCCGUCAAGGUUGCACUUGGCGCCGUACCCAGGCGAAAUGCAUCCCCAUUUAACCGGGCCACCGCCCUCGUCGUCCACAACGUCCAGUUCGGACCACGAGGUCAGCGCAGAGACCUCAGUCGCCAGAAAGUCCUCGUCCAGUUACGAAAUCAUGGCUAUGAUGGCUGACAAGAGGAAAGAGUUGGCCGCUAGGGCUCUUCUGCUUCCUCCGCCACCUCUUCUGGAACCACCACCAGGCUACCCAGUGUUCACCGGACCCUUCCCAGCUGGUUCAGCUCUGUAUCCACCUGGCGGUCCUCUGGCCCAUCAGCAUUUGGACAGGAGACUGCUGAGAGCGCCAGGCAGAGCGUCCAGGCCUAAGAAACAAUUUAUCUGCAAGUUCUGUAAUCGACAGUUCACGAAAUCGUAUAACUUACUGAUACACGAAAGAACACACACGGACGAGCGGCCGUAUUCGUGCGACAUUUGCGGCAAGGCUUUCAGGAGGCAAGAUCACCUGAGAGAUCAUAGGUACAUCCACAGUAAAGAGAAGCCCUUCAAAUGCGGCGAGUGCGGCAAGGGUUUCUGCCAGAGCCGCACCCUAGCGGUGCACAAGAUCCUCCACAUGGAGGAGUCCCCGCACAAGUGUCCCGUCUGCGCCCGUAGUUUCAACCAGCGUAGUAAUCUGAAAACUCACCUCCUCACCCACACGGACCACAAGCCGUACGAGUGCACCUCCUGCGGCAAGGUAUUCCGCAGGAACUGCGACCUGAGGAGGCACGCGUUGACCCACGCGGUAGGGGACGUGCCCCCCGAGGCCUUGGAAGAAGCCCUGAGGGACGACGACAGUCCCGAGGAGGACUGUCCAGAGCCAGGAUCAUCGUCCUCCACGUCUACGUCCACGAAUUCCUCCCUGCCGGCCGCUUCUUCAGCCCCGUACCCAUCCCAAGGGUCUUCUGGCGCCCCACAGCCAUCCUCCACGUCCUCUCUUCCCCAGAGACCUCAGCUCCAGAUCAGGAGAGACCUUCUACCCACCACGAAACCGUCGACCGUGACAAGUGCAGGACUCGGUCACUCGGUCACUCAGAACCCACCAUCGGCGCAUCCGCCCCAGACACCACUGAUUCUCACCUCAUACAGACGGAGAAUUGGGUCACCGGGUCCCUCGAGGGUGCUCCUGGAGCUGCAAGAGCGGGAGAGGGAAAGGGAACGGGAACUCGAGCAGAACAGAGAGAGGGAACGAGAGGAAGAGGUUUCCCGGCCUCCCAGAGCACCCACACCCCAACCGCCGCCCCCACCCAGGCCAGCUCCGGCGAGGCAAGGAUUCACCAUAGCGGACAUAAUGCGACGGUAGAAGGGAAAAGUGAGGAUCAUCGACAGGAGAGUACCAA